AUGAAUUCAUUGUAUUACCCAUAUUUACGCCGUGAUCAUUUGAAAGGGCUCAAUGAGUACAAAUAUAAUGCCGUUGAUACAUCACCUGUAUCUUUGUAUGUUACCCAACCAUUUUGGAACUGGUUGGUUGAGUUUUGUCCACGAUGGUUUGCACCAAAUUUAAUGACAUUUCUUGGUUUUCUUCUUCUUGUUGUUAAUUUUGUUAUGUUUACAUAUUAUGAUUUACAUUUUACGCAAGCACUUGUUCUACCAUCAUGGGUUUGGCUUGUUGCAGCAAUUUGUCAGUUUUGGUCACAUCAUUUAGAUGGUAUGGAUGGAAAACAAGCUCGACGUACAAAAACAAGUAGUCCUUUAGGAGAAUUAUUUGAUCAUGGUGUUGAUUCAUGGGCGAGUUUUCUAUUUCCAAUCUGUAUUUUUUCUGUUAUAUCACAAAAUGAAGAUGGAUUUAGUCCGAUGGCUAUGCAUCUAUCACUUGUAUCUAUUUAUAUAACAUUUAUUGAUUCACACUGGGAAAAAUAUAAUACGAAAGUAUUAUUUUUACCAUGGUCAUAUGAUAUAUCAAUGAUAAUUAUGACUCUAACAUAUCUAAUAGCAUAUGCUUUUUCACCAAGUGUCUUUCAUUUUACUAUUCCUAUAAUAAAUGUAACAUUUAUUCAAAUAGUAAAAUAUGCAUGGCCAAUAUUGGGAUUGUUAAGCGGAGUUCCAAUUAGUAUUGUUCAUAUUUAUGAGUCAUAUCGAACUGGUAAAGGAUACAAUCGUACAUUUUUUGAAGCAAUUAGACCAUUAAUCUCACCAGCUAUUCUAAUUAUUUCCUCAACAUGGUGGGGAUUUUCAUCUCCUCAUAUGAUAUUAGAAAAACAACCACGUCUAUUUCUAGCAGCUGUUGGUGCAACUUUUUCAAAUAUUGCAUGUCGUCUUGUUGUCGCUCAAAUGACUUCAACUCGAUCAGAUGGUAUUAAUACACUUUUGUAUCUUUAUGUACCAAUACAAAUCAUGUCUGUUUAUGGUCUAUUCAAUGGGAGAAUGGAAUUUAUAGUAUUAUUUGCAUACAAUAUUUUUGUUACAUUAGCUCAUAUUCAUUAUGGUUGCUGUGUGGUUCGCCAAAUCUGUGAUCAUCUCAAUAUCUUUGCAUUCAAGAUACCUCAUAGUACAAAAGAUUCAAUAGGUGCUGAAGUGCAUAUUAAGCAUUAA